CAGCUUAGAACCAUUUAAAAGGAGGAGGUAGCCAAUGGAAGAAGGCAUCAAGGAGGAGACGAAGGCAGCAGCAGCAGCGAGCUCAGGUCAGACGACGGCGGCGGCGGCGACGAGCAAGAGCAACAGCACCACCGUGGGCGACAUGGCGGACACGACGUUCAAGAGCAUCGGCGACGUGCUGAAGCUGCUGCCGACGGCGACGGUGAUCGUGUACGAGGUGCUGACCCCGAUCGUCACCAACACCGGCGACUGCCACGUGGCGAACAAGGUCGUCACGCCGGUGAUCCUGGUGCUCUGCGCCUUCUUCUGCGCGUUCUCGCAGUUCACGGACAGCUACGUCGGCGCCGACGGCAAGGUGAGGUACGGGCUGGUGACGGCGAGGGGGCUGCUGCCGUUCAGCGGCGGCGGCGGCGCCGACGGCGGGGACGCCGCCGGCAGGGACUUCUCCAAGUACAGGCUGCGGUUCGGCGACUUCGUCCACGCCUUCUUCUCCGUGGCGGUGUUCGCCGCGGUGGCGCUGCUCGCCGACGCCAACACGGUGUCGUGCUUCUACCCGUCGCUCAAGGACCAGCAGAAGAAGGUGGUCAUGGCGCUCCCCGUCGUCGUCGGCGCGCUCGCCAGCGUCGUCUUCGUCGUGUUCCCGUCCACCCGCCACGGGAUCGGCUACCCGCCGGCGAAGCCCGCCACGGCGUCGCUGGCGUCGCUGUAGGCGGCGAGCCCGAUUAGUCGAUUUGCAUUGCCAUGCAGGCAUGUGCUUCCUUUUUAUGGGUUGUGUUUUUUUAAAUAUUUGCACGUGUGCAUAUGUGUUCUGUCUGAUGCUUUUGUUCGCAUUUGUUCAUCUGUCUGUUUGUGACCUAAUAAGGCCAAGAGCUAGUUUGAUCUCGUUGAUUUGCCUCAUCUUUGUGCAGUUUAUGACUUGUUAUAUUCCAUCGCAAUGGAUGAAUCCGUGGGGAACUAUAUGAUAAACUUGGCAAACA